CUUCGUACUCCUGUCCGGGGCAAGCCUUAUACGCAAAGCCUUGACUUCGUUUUCUCAGCACCUUGACUGGAAUACAAUCAGUGCUCCCUUGUUCAAGAAUAUGUUCGGCGGCACUGACGCCGUUGUCGAAGCCCUCAGGCAAGAUAACUCCGGUAUUGGUGCCAAGCCCUAUUCAGGUAGCAACGUUCAUCCCGGUCGACGUCUACUCAGAAACCAGAUCCUCUUCUUCUCUGACGCUUUCUCAAAAAGCAGUCUGGAUGAGCUCGUGCCUAGGUUUGUGCAGAGUCUAAAAACCUGGUGCGAGGCUUCCGACGAAAUCGGCACGGAGUGGGUGGAGAAGUCCGACCUGUAUGAAUUUGUUCGCGAUGUUCUUUUCGACUGCAACGUUGAUUCAUUCUUCGGGAAGAGUCUUCGAGCGUUAAAUCCCAACUUAAGCGCCGACUUCUGGGAGUACGAUGACAAUAUCGGUUUUCUCGCGACCCCUAAGCCACGCUGGCUGAAUCGAAGAGCUGUGCUAGCCAUGGAGCGCUGCCACGCAGCAAUGAAGCGCUGGAGAAAGAAUGCUGUGGACGAGAGUGCCAAACGCACAAUCUCAGAUGAUGCCGCAUGGGACCCUGCGUGGGGGUUAGGUGCAAUUCGCCGGAGGAACAAAUUACUUGAUGCUACUGAAGGCUUGUUCGAUGAGCACAACCGGGGGUCGAUUGAUCUUGCUCUUUUGUGGUCAUUGACUUCAAAUGUCAUUCCCGCCUCCUUCUGGUACCUCUUUGAAGUCCUAUCUUCGGAAGGAUUAUUAGCCCGUGCUGUUAAAGAGAUUGAGAAGCAAAAGCAGAACGACCCGGACACGAACGAUCCGGUUUUAGAUUCCACGGAGCGCACAACUACGCCCCUCCUCGAAGCCAUAUAUGCAGAGACCGUCAGACUACAUGUCAUUACGCUGAUCACACGAACGGUAAAGAAGAGUUACAGCGUGGAAGGAUGGAUCCUCCCGCAAAACCAGAAUGUCAUCGUUUCCAGCCAAAUAGAGCAUAUGAGCAGACAAUGGGACAGCCCAGACGGCAAGCAUCCGUCCUCCGAGUUCUGGCCGGAUCGAUUCCUUCUCCCAGAAAGCUCCGAUACUAUCGACGAGGAGGAGAAGUUCUCUCUAGAAGGGAGGCAAGGACAGUGGAUUCCGUUCGGGUUGGGUGAACACAUGUGUCCGGGUCGGCACUUCGCAAAGCAGGAGAUGAUCAUCAGCUUUGCUGUGCUCACACACUUUUUUGAAUUCGAAUUGCUUACUCCGCCUGGUUGGCGUCCGGAUAACGAUUUGAGCAGAUAUGGAUUCGGGACGCAACAGCCGAAGCAGAAGGUCCCCUUCAGGGUGCGGAGGCGAACUAGUUGAAGUCGGACGACAUAGUCAUCUUCCGUUGAUCUUGGGCAAAAGUACACAAUGGGGAGCUUUAACAGGGAUGAGACAAAGUGUGGGAUGGUGUCUAUUGGGAGCAUUAGGUCGUUGUCAAGAUACGUGUUUUCGUUUUCCAAUCAGCCAGUUAUUUGUUUAUCCAUCCGAUAUUCCCAUCAGCGCUGCGUAAAGGAUAUUCUCCCACGGUUCGCCGAUAGUCUGUAGAUUAAUUCGUUUCGAUCAAUAUCCGUGUAUGGCUUGCUUUGAAAUAGAUGUAAUCAAGAUCUUGAGGUAUACUCGAUUGCAUAGAGUGGAAAUGGAGAAAUAUGGGAGUUCAUGGGUGAAGCCCGCAAGGCACUGAGCCCGUUCUGAGGAGCUGGUGCAAGCCGAAAUGAAAAGAGAAAGGCAUAACCGGAAUAAACGAACAGUAUUUACUGUAGUCCUUGACCUGUU